AUGUUUACUGGCACCGCGCACCUGGCGCCCCGAGAGGCUAACUCCCCGCACCUCGCGGGAGGCCCCGCCCCUGAGAGUGGCCGGAGCGGUGGGGCGGAGGUGGGUCCUGCACCCCUCCACCUCGGCCGGGCCGCCACGCCCCCACCCGGCCCCGCCGCCCUGGCCCUGCCUCUAGGACCGAUCCGCGCGCCUAGCGCCUUCGCCCUCGCUGACUAG